AUGAAGAUCAUUGCUUUAAUCGUCGCUGCUCUUGUGGCCUUUGUCGGUGCUUCCUGUCCGUAUGCUGCAAACCCGGCCCCGGCCCCUGGCUAUCCGGCUCCAGCCUGUCCCACCAACUACCUGUUCAGCUGCCAGCCCAACCUGACACCCGCUCCCUGCGCCCAGGAAGCUCCUGCCUACGGAUCCGCCGGAGCCUACACGGAGCAGAUUCCCUUCUACGUGGGAAAGCCCAAUAGGGAGCAGUUGCAGCAGUUUCACCAAAGGAUAGGAAUGGCAGCCCUUAUGGAGGAACUUCGCGGCUUGGGCCAGGGAAUCCAGGGUCAGCAGUACUAGUCAAUUAAUCUAAGGACUA